CGAAAACCCGCGCUUGAUAAAAAUCAAAGUCAAAAUCCCAUCAGGAAAACGAAACAAAUUGGGACGAAAAUCACUGGAAAAAGAACCGAACUUUUGCAUAAUGAGCAUAGCCACCGCCGCUGCAAUUUCGACCACCAUCCCAAUUACCUCUUCCGCCGCCGCUCUCCGCCUUCUUUCUUCUUCCUCCUCCUCUUAUUCCGCUCACUCCAAACCCCUUAUCCCAUUGUAUUAUUCUUGGACAAGGAGCAAUUGGACGAGUUCUAGCUUCACCUCAUCGAGAAUAAGAAUGGUUGAUGUUAGCAAUCAAAGUAACAACCCCACGCCGUCGGCACCUGAGGCCCCGCCAGACAAGCCAAAACCGAAGCCUCAACCGUGGCUGAUUGUUGGGCUUGGUAACCCCGGGAAGCUCUACAGCAGGACGAGACAUAAUGUUGGUUUUGAGAUGUUGGAUUAUAUAGCUGAAGCAGAAGGGAUAUCAAUGAGCAGUGUUAACUUCAAGGCUUGUUUUGGAAAAGGUCAAAUAGGGGAUGUGCCUGUUAUGUUUGCUAAACCACAGACUUUUAUGAAUGCAAGUGGUGAGUCUGUCGGAGCUAUUGUUUCAUAUUACAAGAUCCCUUUGAAGCAAGUCUUAGUGAUUUUUGAUGAUAUGGACCUUCCUUUUGCCAAGUUGCGAAUGUUGCCAAAGGGUGGACACGGAGGCCAUAAUGGGAUGAAGAGUAUUAUUAAUCACUUCAAAGGUAGCAAGGACUUUCCUCGUUUGCGGAUUGGCAUUGGUCGACCCCCCGGAAAAAUGAAUCCUGCGAGUUAUGUUUUGCGGAGAUUCGACAAACAAGAAAGUGGAGAGGUAAUUUAUUAACCAAUUAUAGCUGCUGAUGAAAAGCUAGUCUAGACUUUCUGCAAAACAAAGAUGUUGAAACUUGGCUCUUUCUCUUUCCCAGUUAGAUUUUACUUUCCAGACUGGCUUGGAAGCUGUGAGACUUCUUUUGCUUGAAGGAUUCAACAAAAGUGCUACUUUUGUUAAUACUUCUAAGUCGUUGGAGCAAUUGCAAUGACAAGACUAUGAGGCUAAUUUACAAGUUUGAAAGCAUGGAGUAUACCGACCUCUGAGGAUCACAAUUUGACAAAAAUGAGUUGGGCAGCGCAGAAGCAAUUCUUUUGUCCUAUAUGGUGUUGCUCAUUUUCUCAAUGCAGAGGCUAAUUUAUACCUGUUAGCUGUUACUGCUACCAUGGACAUAAAAUUUUGAUCUCAUGGAUGGAUUCUUCUAUGUAACUGAUACAGUAGAGUAGGAUAAUGCCAUUGAUGAAGGCAUCGUCACCACUUCACUGAUGCACUCAAAAUUUAAGACCAUAUCGAUUAUCAAUGUUUGUUAUUGUUUGAGCGGCUCAAGAUAUGAAUUUUAUGAUAGACAAAACAUGAUAUUCAUGUAGUAUGUUUUGAGAAAGUAUUGAUAAAAACAUGAUAUUCAUAAAACAGGACCAUAUCGCUGCUGAGUCAUUUUUGUAAAGGGUAAAAA